AUGGCAGCCGCGUGUCUCUGCAGCCGGGAGCCCUGCAAUCGACCACCGAGUACGAUGGAGCAAGAGCCAAUGUGCUCCACUACGAUGCGACAAAGAAUCGCUAUGCACUUCAACUUAUUCAUCCGGACUUCCAAGGCAAACGGCUCUUGUGCCGCAAAGAAGCUUUGGAGUUCCACUUCGCCACGUUGCCUGAGAAUCUGCAAGCAGCAAAGGCUGAACUUCGACUCAAGAGUGUCUCCUUCCAAGACUGAGAACUUCCUGGCGACAGCGAGCUGCUCAUCCGACAGCCAGCGAAGCCAGCGAAGCGAGCGAAAGCGGCUGGGGAAGGCGCUGGUGGCCACAAGGCCUUUGGCAGCUGGAGAUGUGGUGUUGGUGGACAAGCCGUUCCUUGUGGUCUCCAACCCCGACAGCCUCGAACGAUGGGUCAAUCGCUGGGAUUGCUACUUUGAGAUGAUGAAGCUGGCGCAAGGGGGCAAGCCUGAGCUUCUCGAAGCCUUUGAAGCAAUGGACGAUGGUGGUCCGGAGGUGGUGGCCUCGCUGUCCACGGCGGCCCUGGACACCCUGCAGUUGAUGUGGCGCUCCGCCGGCAGCCAAGCGCUGUUGGUGCCCGAAGCGAAGAAGGAGAAGGACAAGUUGAAGGUCGCGGGGGGCUUCGCGCGCUGGCAAACCAACCAGCACGAGUUCCCAGCUCUCGCUGCGCGACCGCGACGCGCCAUGUAUUGGCUGGCGCCCAAAGUGGCGCAUUCCUGCGAUCCCAAUGUGGGUUGGGAAGACCCCGCUGAAGACGGCAUGGUGGAGCUGCGUGCGCUGCGUGACAUUGCGCCACAGGAGGUGCUGGGGGUGAAUUACAUGGAUGCAGACUUCCUUCUCCUAUCCCGCAAGGUGCGACAAGAGCGUCUGCUGGCGGAGAGGAAGUUUCACUGCGUCUGUGAUCGCUGCCUCGAAAAAUCUCUGGAUGAAAUCCCUGUAGUCGUCGACCCGGCCAUCCCAUCGGCUUCGCCGUCGCCAAGGGAUUUCAAGUGUGGAUCGUCGGCAACGUUUCUGCCCUUUCUACGGUCUUUGCAAGAUCAUUUGCGAGCGGGAAAGAUCGAGGCUUGCCUUGCAGCGUUAAAGAUUCUCCAACUGGAUGCAUCUUCAGGUGACGAUCUCAUUCAGCUCGCUGAAGCGUUGGGCCGGGAGCUACAAGGCGAUGCAUCCAGCGACGCAUUCAAUUCCUUGGAUUGA